AUGACAAACCUCCAGUUUUUGGGUCUCCUUUUCCCUUCUCCCUUGCAGAUACGUCAUGACGGAUCAAACAGCUACCGUUUGAUGCAGCUGGGAUGUCUGGAGUCUGUGGCCAACUCAACUGUCGCCUAUUCCUCCUCGUCGCCUCUAACUUACUCCACCACUGGCACUGAGUUCGCCUCCCCGUAUUUCUCCACUAAUCACCAGUACACACCCCUGCACCACCAGUCCUUCCACUACGAGUUCCAACACAGCCACCCGGCCGUCAACCCCGACGCGUACUCCUUGAACUCGCUCCACCACUCGCAGCAGUACUACCAGCAGAUCCACCAUGGGGAACCCACCGAUUUUAUUAACCUGCACAAUGCCCGGGCACUCAAGUCCUCUUGCCUGGACGAGCAGAGGAGAGAGCUCGGGUGCCUAGAUGCUUACCGCCGCCACGACUUGUCUCUUAUGAGCCAUGGGUCCCAAUAUGGGAUGCAUCCAGAUCAAAGGCUCCUGCCAGGACCGAGCCUGGGGCUCUCAGCCUCGGGAGCGGACGAUUUGCAGAGCUCAGUGGAGGCCCAGUGUGGGCUAGUCCUGAACGGCCAGGGAGGGGUCAUCAGGAGAGGUGGCACCUGUGUUGUUAACCCCACUGAUCUGUUCUGCUCUGUGCCCGGUCGCUUAUCUCUGCUCAGCUCAACCUCUAAAUACAAAGUGACCAUCGCAGAGGUGAAGAGACGACUGUCUCCACCUGAAUGCCUCAAUGCUUCCCUCUUGGGAGGUAUUUUGAGAAGAGCAAAAUCGAAGAAUGGGGGACGCUGUUUGCGAGAAAAAUUAGACAGACUGGGAUUGAAUUUGCCUGCUGGAAGAAGGAAAGCAGCAAAUGUCACCCUCUUGACUUCUUUGGUAGAAGGGGAAGCAUUACAUUUGGCCAGGGAUUUUGGCUACACCUGCGAAACAGAGUUCCCAGCCAAGGCAGUAGGAGAGCAUCUGGCCAGACAGCACAUGGAACAGAAAGAACAAACAGCAAGGAAAAAGAUGAUCUUAGCAACAAAGCAAAUAUGUAAAGAAUUCCAGGACCUGCUGAGUCAAGACAGAUCGCCCCUUGGAUCCUCCAGACCAACUCCAAUAUUAGACCUUGAUAUCCAGAGACAUUUAACACACUUCAGCUUGAUCACUCACGGUUUUGGAACGCCUGCAAUAUGUGCUGCCCUCAGCACUUUCCAAACUGUUCUCAGUGAAAUGCUGAACUACUUGGAAAAACACACAUCGCACAAAAACGGCGGAGCUGCUGAAUCUGGCCAAGGACAUGCCAACGCGGAGAAAGCCCCCCUGCGGAAAACUUCAGAGGCUGCUGUGAAAGAGGGCAAAACAGAAAAGACAGACUAGCUACAUCAAACAGAAUCUAUUUCAAGAGAGUCUUGCUGCUGAUAUUUUUUUUAAAUAUAUAUAUCAUUGAGGGUGAUUUAUCUCCAGUGGACCAAAUCCAAAAGAGGAAAAAAAAAAGAUUAAACACGAGAGUGAAAGAGAGAGAGAGAGAGAGAAAUACUCAACUCUUAGAACAGCAGUGUACAGUAAUUGUGUGAUGAAAUUGUCACUUUUUUUAUUGAUGUUGCUCUAAACUCCUUUUUUUUUUUUUUUGUGCACGUAGUAUUUGAUCGCUCCGAAUGAUACACUAGCACCAUUUUCUAUAAGCACUUCUGGACCUGGCUGAGGCGGCGUGCGUGGUUUUUCACAGGCUAACUCAAAGCACUUUCUUAUCUGGCAACAUAAGUAGGGAUCUGGAAAGCACGCCAGCCAUGGGGUACACAGAUCUGUCAUGAUGAUUUCGCCCAUGUGAUGGAGAAAACUGGAAGGACUGCCUCCUUCAACCCACCAAACUGAGUAUCAGGGGACAAUACUGGAACUUGGAAAGAGAUGAACCUCUAUGUCCUGGAAAUGAUGAACCAUUCAGUGCUGGGGCAGCCUCUCCCAGUUUGGGCAUGUAUUGGUAAACUAGUGUUGAAAUAAUGCCGAAGCCCAUCAGGGCUCUGUCCCCACCAUUCAAGAAGUGUCUCUCAAGGGAAGGAGAUCACAGAUGGAAAUGGAAAGGUCUUGAGGGUUCCAGGAACAUCCUCCACACUAAGAACGAGAGGUUAGAUUCAACAAUAGGAAGGGCUUGCAUCUUUUUAGCCCCUCCUCCUGACAGCUGAAUCAGAUCUGGGCCUGCAGGCAGGCAGAGAGGCCUUUUGGUUUGCCUUGAUUUCACGAUGCUUUCUUUCCUUCUAUGGCUCACUGUUACAGCUGACUUCCCGCUUGCAAUAAUGCUGGGAUGCAGAAGUUCCAAAAAAGAGUCUUAAGAAAAAAAAUGCAAAAUUGAUAUGACACCUAGGAUAGACUGGUCCAGUCCAAAGCAGCCAGGGGGUUAAUGGCCCUUCUCCCCUAUUUCAGAGGUAUUAAGUGACCCCCAGCUACACACAGCAUCAUAGAUUCGACAUGUUCUGCUUGCUUCAAAACAAGGUUUGUCCAGUCCAAUUCCACUGCUCGCAGUUAAUUCCAUCUUUCUGCCCCAGGAUUUUUACUUUAUUAGCUCACUGCUUCUUUGGCUGUUUCCCUUGUGUCUCUUCAUUCAGAAGGGCAGAAUACUGUGGCACUAGCAUAUUG